GAAUAGCGCAUUCAUAGUGGCUCAUCGAUUCCGCAAUGCGAUUAUCCGAAAAAGGGAAGCCAGAUGGCUUUUCACCUAGGUACACCUUCCUCUUUAACAUACGCUUUUUUGUUCAUUGCGAAAGCAAAAGCGAUGCUCAAGGGGUGGGAUGGACACAGAAAAGGUCGAAGUAAUCCCAAUUCUUUCUUUUGGGUCGUCCCUGCGGUCCGUUCUUGUGGCUCGACUAAAAAACAUUUUUCAAGGGCGAAUCCAGACCCAUUAGACCACUACAUAGAACAAUGCAUUCCGCAGUAGCGCAUUAAAAAAUAAUAAUAAUAAUUUGGCAGCGGCGUAGAAUCCUUUCUGCUAAACUUUAAGUAAUUAUUUCGUACAUUUGUUGCGUUGAGCCGAUGUAAGUUUGAUGGUGGCAAGUUACAGCCUAUCAAAAUCCUCGGAUUGCUUCACUUGUGAUUUUGUUUAAACUAGCACCAACUCCCAAUCGACGAUAUCAAGAAAGGUAAACACUGAAGGUCCAAGGUCCAAGGAGCAAAGGAAAAAAAUUUGAUAGAACUUGAAUCGAAAAGAAACCAAAUCACAACAUGUUCUAUCAAAGGAAGAAUAAAAAUAAAGAUAAAAAUAAAAAUAAAAAUAAAGAUAAAAAUAAAGAUUUAAAGAAAAAGGAAGAAUCUCAGAAAAGUAUUAAUCGCCGCAUAAAUGAUAACAAAUCUUCUUUAAAGAGUGCCGUAACCGAAUACGUUUCCCAUAACUAUGCUUUUUCGGCUAUUGUGAAACAAAGCUACUUUGAUUUUCAGGUACAUGAAAUCAGCAUUGAUGGAAAAGUUGUUCAUUUAACAGAACCAUUAACUCAAGAAUAUGAAGAAAAACGACGAUAUUUAGACCUCGUUGGAAAACGGUUGAAUCCCUACAAGUUAACUGAGUUUGUCAUGUGUAAAGAAAACAUGACCAUGAUGGAAGCGCUACUCAUACUAAAAAUUAGUGAUGGAACACCCAAGUUGAAAAUGGAAAGAAUUAUGACUUCGGAGUCUAUAGACAGAUGUCAAGAUAGAAGAUCAAUAACCAGUCAACUGGUCACGAUUAGAAAUGAAAAUUUUAAUGUGGAAAGGCUUUGUCGUGAAUUGAAAUCUCAAUCAAAUAUUGCUGUUGGAAAUUUCCGUUUAGUCCAUAAGCGGGUUAAGCAGGGCCAUUUGAAGGGUAAUCGUUUCAUCAUGGCACUAAGGAAUGUUAUCGGCUACAAGCACCAUAUAGUGGCUAAAUUAGAGUCGCUGAAAAAUGUGGGGUUCAUAAAUUAUAAUGGAAACAAGUGCUAUGUUAACGCACCAAUGCAGUUAAUCGGGAAAAAUGUGUUGUUGCAGGAAUGGCAGACAGUUUUUCAUUUAUUAUCAGAGCUCCCUGUUUCAGCCUUGAUGUCAGAUCUACCCGUCGAAUUUAAACAACUUCACAAUAUUCCGCUGGCUCGCCUCGUUGAUUACACAUUACCACAGAAAGUCCGCAAGGAUAUACAAAUAUUCGAUAAGUCGUUACGGCCGAUUUGGGUGGAAGAUGUGCGUAAAUUCGUGUUAAAUCUGAAAUCACAUAAUAAUCAUAAUUCAGACAUCACUAUGGAAACGAUUCCUGCUAAAAUACGGUUAUUUUGCAUAAUAGCCUAUCAAAGGUUUUUGUGGGACGCUGUUGUUUCCAAGCGUAUCGCCAAGUUUGGAUUGAAGCCAAUCGCAGGUGACCUGGUUUACGUUCCAGUCAGUGACGGCGGCGAAGACAACGUCGUUCAAGUGGAAGCCAACAACCUAUCGUCUAAUUACACAGGAGAUGAUGACGAGUCCAGCAAUAGUCGUCAUCAGUGGAAACUAAAUUUCGUCAGUAAAAACAACCUUCACAACUACACUAUCUACGAUAUUGUCCUACCGCUUCCUGGUUACAAUAUCCUUUAUCCGGUCAAUGAAGUUGCCGGUUGGUAUAAAGACCUUUUACUAGCGGAUGGGCUGUCGGAGACGGAUUUCGAAAUAAGCGACAAAGACUUCGCUCUUGAAAAUUUGGCAUAUAACUUUUCAGCAACCUAUCGGCCUCUGAUUUUGAAGCCGUCUGAUGUGAAAUGGAGAUUUGAGCGUUAUAAUGAUAAAUCACGGAGUCUAAUACCCUCCGACUUGGAUCGUAUGAAAAAUUCUCAGCCACUUUGUUCUGAGGUUAAAGGUGGCAGGUACCUUGCACUCAUACUUGAGUUAAGUCUACCAACAUCCUCCAAUGUCAGUAUGGCCCUGAGGGAGAUCACAAAGACGGACAUGAGUGCCGAAUUUCAAACCUCCCUCACCGACCUGUUGGCAGAAAUGCCCCAAAAAGGAGCUGCUUGCUGGCACAAGUCAUACGUUAAGUACUUGGAGAAGAAAACGGAGCGGGAUCAAAAACGAAAGCGUUCAGAACCAACUAGCAAGACUCCUAUGGAAUCCCAGUGGAAAAACAGGAAGCUGAAAAGAGCUAUGGAAUCUACUUCUAAAGCCGAAGACCCCCAUACAACCCCAUUGGAGGAAGAGCAGCAAAUCAGUAACACAAAUGUAUCAGUAGCAAAUCAUGCUGACAAAGAAGUUGAAUUGAAACGUAAAACGAGCCAAGCGCUUUGUCAAGACAGCGCAUCCUUAGAAGACGCCGAGAUGAAGCAAAUCGAGCUAGAGCCGAGUUGUAGCAAUAAAUCUGCACCAAUAGCCCUCGACAGACCGACCAUAUUUGUAGUGGAGAAAAUGAAAAUUAAAGAAGAGCCAAGCACGAGCCAUCAGCGUCAAGAAGAAACUAGCAACCCCUUGAUAAAAGCAUCUGAGAAGCAAAUAAUAUUCGUCGAUCUCACGUCUGAUUAAUAAGCAAGAUGACAAGUGGACAAUGCCACAUGAUCCCAUUGAUCCUCCUAACUGGAAUAAUUGUGGUUUUCUUUUCAAUUUGGCUGGCCUAUUGUGUUAUUGAAGCAAAUGUUUUGUGACUUUUAUUCACUCACUUUUUGAAAAAUUUGCGACAGAUGACAAAAUGAAUUAUUACCUCAUAUAAUUUUUCUUUGUACAAGUGUUCAGUUUCUAG